AUGAAGCGCUUCAGUCAGAGAGUUCUUUCGCGUGGAAAAGACCCAAACAAGUCUUCUAAGAAGAACAAGGAUAAUAAGGAUGGUACCGCGUCUCCCUCAUCACGGGACAACAAUCAGUCACCUGUGCUUACGCCCUCAUCCUCCACGUCGACUUUGAACGAUCCUCGAAACAAGCAGCCGCAAAACAGCUCUAAUCAUGGAAGCGAACACGGCGGCGCUUCGCAGCCCUCCAACUUGUCCAAUGUAACUCAGGCUGGUAACGCCCCUGAUCACUUUGCUACUGGAGGCGCCUCAAGCCCCAACGGUGGAAGCUCUAGCUCUCGGCUGCCCCCAACUGUGGUUAUCAGCCCUACACCUGGUCAUGUCCCUCCUCCAGGAGCCGCCGAGACAAUGCCACACGACUUGGCUCCCCCCAAAGCGGGCCAGAAGUCGCUCUUGAUCCAUCGAGGAAUAGAUAACCGUGAUGCGAUUCCUGAGGGACUUCGAACCCCAAAGAGGCAGCAUUCCUCAAGAUUCGACAUUUCGGCCCAUCGCGAGCUUGAGAAACUGCCCGGUUUCCACGAAGUGCCACCCAACCGACGACAAGAACUCUUUAUGCAGAAGAUUGACCAGUGUAACGUUAUUUUCGACUUUAACGAUGCGAGCGGCGACAUGAAGUCGAAGGAAAUCAAGAGGCUUGCCCUGCACGAGCUGCUGGAUUACGUUGCCAACAACCGACAAGUUAUUACUGAGCCCAUGUACCCCAAGGUUGUCGACAUGUUUGCCAAGAACCUGUUCCGCCCGAUCCCGCCCCCAAUAAACCCCCAGGGCGAGGCCUUCGACCCUGAAGAGGACGAGCCCGUUCUCGAGGUUGCUUGGCCGCAUAUCCAGGUCGUUUAUGAGUUCUUCCUGCGCUUCAUCGAGAGUCAGGAUUUCAACACCAACAUCGCCAAGGCGUACAUCGACCAUAGCUUCGUCCUCCAGCUCCUCGAGCUGUUUGAUUCCGAGGAUCCCCGCGAGCGGGACUUCUUGAAGACCACUCUCCACCGCAUCUACGGAAAAUUCCUUAACCUCCGAUCUUUUAUUAGACGAUCUAUCAACAAUGUCUUUUUCCAAUUCACCUACGAAACAGAGCGGUUCAACGGUAUUGCCGAGCUGCUCGAGAUUCUUGGUUCCAUCAUCAACGGUUUUGCUCUACCUCUCAAGGAGGAGCACAAGAUCUUCCUGACCAGAGUGUUACUGCCUCUGCAUAAGCCCAAGAGCCUGAGCAUGUACCACCCUCAGCUUGCUUACUGUAUUGUGCAAUUCCUGGAAAAGGACGCAUCACUAACUGAAGAUGUUGUUAUUGGACUUCUUCGUUAUUGGCCCAAGGUCAACAGCACAAAGGAGGUUAUGUUCCUCAACGAAGUCGAAGAUAUUUUUGAGGUUAUGGAUCCCGCAGAAUUUGCCAAGGUUCAAGAACCUCUGUUCCAUCAGCUGGCCAAGUCCGUGGCCAGCCCUCACUUCCAAGUGGCCGAGCGUGCCCUUUACUUCUGGAACAACGAGUAUUUCUGCAACCUUGUCAGCGACAACGUGGAGAUUAUCCUUCCCAUCAUGUUUGCUCCCCUCUAUGAGAACUCAAAGGGUCAUUGGAACAGAACAAUUCAUGGAAUGGUUUAUAAUGCCAUGAAGCUCUUUAUGGAGAUCAACCCUCAAUUGUUCGACGAUUGCUCCCACGAGUACACGGAACAGCAGAACAGCGCCGCAGCACGCGAGGCCCUUCGUGAGCGUAAAUGGGCUGCUCUGAGUGAAAAGGCGGACCAGCAGAGACAAAGCAACGGCAACGGAGUGGCUGAUGCCCCUGCUCAGAUCACACCCAUGCCCCGUGUAGACGAAAACGACGCUGCCACCGAGGACAAUUCAAAGCGCCUCGAUUCGCUUAAGUUGCAAGACGGCCGACCCAGUCUUCACGAGCGCGACAACUCUGUAGGAUCCGCCCUAAGCCGGUAA